AUGGCGCGGAAUAAGAAUUUGUUUACUGUUCAGGUGCAAGGACCGCUUACUAGUGACAAGGAUAAAGUGGAAGCGAUGCUGCGCUCACAACUGUGUAAAAUUCCAAGCACCAUUCAAAGUCUCAAGAUCGAAGAGGAUACUCCAUCGGAUUUGGAAUGGUCCAUCAUCGGCGAGCACUUCUCUAAUAUCAGAGAGCUCGAGAUGGAUACAGGAUAUAACGAGGGAUUCAACGAUAGAAAUCUGCCACUACAUUGGCCUAUUGAACGACUGUUGAUAUCCUCGGCCUGUGCAGAACGCGUACAAACCCGCUUUAUCCUAGAGGGCAAAGUCAAGCACUUGACUCUACUGCUAACGUCGGGACUACGGUUUGAGGGGCCAUCGAGCGAAGAAUUACUGAGAGCUCAUCAUCAAGCUAUUGACAGAGGGGAGAAAGAACCACGUUUUAUGACACUACACAGAGGCACACCCGAAGAAAGGAAAAUACAAGUAUCUUUUCUUCCCGAACUCGUACUUGACUGGAUGCAUGAUUACAACAGCAGAUUUAGAACCACCAAUGAGCGGACUGACUCUAGUCGUGGCGAGGUCCUGAUCUCUGAGAAAAUGGAUCUGGGACGGCAAAAACUACUUCCAAAAGAAGUUUCUGUCAGUCUUGAUAAAUUGGAAACCCUAGAGAAUGGCGCAAUCGACACUUUUCAUCGAAUGACACUAGCCAUUCCUCACGUUACCUUGAAUGCGUCUAUACUAAACCUUCGCUCCACAAUUCGUCAUGACCUGAGCUACACCAAUGAGGAACUCUUCCCUCAGUUCCUUUGUCAGCUGGCUGAAUUAAGGACAUUAGUCCUGUCGGUUGGCGAUAUUUUCCAACGUUCUAGUCUACUACCGGAGCUAUAUCGACAUUUCCCCCCAAACCUAACCACGUUAAGAUUCAGAGGCCCCAUUUCAUUGGUUCAGUCAAAUCAGUGGGACAAUUGGUUACAAACGUUCGGAUCAUCAGACUAUCUGCCGAAUCUCAAGACAUUGAGUUUCGUUCUAGAUUUGCAUUAUGAGGACAAACGUCGGAGACCUGUUGAUGCCCCUGAUAAAAUGUUACACGAUGCUCGUUUGGCAUGUGAAGAAAUCUAUACUGUCAUGCGACGCAAAGGUGUCAGUGUUGAGCCUUUCUAUGAUCAAUGGUCCGAGCGAGUAGAGAGUUUCAAACAACUAGAUACACGAUGGAUUUAA